UUGCAGCCUAGCUAGGUUUCUUUUCUUCGACUUUAGUAAACCCGACAUUACUGGGGUUUCAUCGGAACCAACCCUAAAUGCCUAAAUAUAAAUAUAUAAAAACCAACUUCAGUUCGAUAUCGUACGGGGUUCAUGUUAGUUUGCAUGUUCUCUUGGGAAAUCAAAGUCCAAAUUUACAAUAAAAAGUCCUUAAAUUGCAUGGAGGCGGCAGGCGAAGAAAGAUUAAUGGACUUGGCUCGUAUUCGAACGAAAGAUCUUGUUCCGACGGGUUUUAGGUUCCGUCCGACGGACGAAGAGCUAGUCUGCUGCUAUCUGAAGAACAAGAUAGAAGGGAAUUCAUUACCCUGCGAUAUUAUUGUAGAGUGUGAGCUGUACGGUGUGAAAGAGCCAUGGGAGAUAUGGGCGACUUUUGGAGGAGAUCAUCCGGAUGAUGAUCAGGAUCUUAAUCGAUUCCUUUACUUAUUCACAAGGUUGAAGAACAUGGCCAACCGGGGCUCGAGAAUUCAGAGAAGAGUCGGAUCUGGUUCCUGGAAAGGCGAACGCAAGGCCGAUAGAGUUCGUGCUCACCAAUCUGGUAAAUGUGUUGGUUUGAAGAAGAGGUUCCAUUAUGAAAAUCAAAGGUCGAUGCAUCAUCGUCGAUGGCUCUUGGAUGAGUACAGUCUCGUCCCCGUCAAAGAACACGACUAUGUACUUUGUCGACUCAUUAACAAUGGACCAGGAAGUAGAAAAAGAUGGAGAUCUUCUGAUAGUAUCAAUGAAGGGGAAGAAGAGAGCGGUGAUGAAGUAAUUAUCGACUCAAAGAGGAAUUCGAUCAAUGACAUGAUUAGUACGUAACAUACAGAGAAUCUUAUUCUAGCUAGGAAUAUUUAUUUCUCUUAUAUUUAUUUUAUUUUAUUAAGAAGAG